CGCAGCCCCGUGCUGGAAACCGCGCAUGCGCGCAGGAGGCAAAAGGAUCGAGGCAGGUUACAAAUGAGAAAGAAUUUAUGAUUGGGAAGCCCAGACACAACAACACAACACAACACAUCAGUUUUGCCGUCUCUGUCCAGAUAUUUAAGGAGUGACCAGAUAAUUGCAUUGUAACACCAAUAUAUCAGUUGUCGAUCCUUGGAGAUGAAGAGGUAUCUCAUCCCGGCUGGAAAUGUACCUUGUGUCUGAAAUGAAAUUUUCUUCCAGUGAAAUCCACUGGACCCAGGGUCUCAGAACACACCUGUAUUUCUUCACUGGAGAUCAGUUUUGUAACUGUAUUGAUUGGACAGGGUAUUCACUACAUCUGACAUAGGACUUGAUGAGUUGCCAGAUUCUCGUUCUCUCAAAAUGGACCGGAUUUUCUCAUGCCAGUGAACUCACAAUGGGGAGAAACCAUUGACCGGGCUCUGUGUAUGGGGCAGGAUCUACUCAGUCAUCCAGCAUGAAGAUAUGCCAGAAAAUUCACAGAAGUGAUGGGCCGUUCGUGUGAUCCGUGUGUAGGAAAAGAUUCACUCACUGAGCCCACCCGUAGACACACCAAUGAGUAAGUCUGUUCACACUGGGGAGAGGCCAUUCAUUUGCACAGACUGUGGGAAGGGAUUCACUCACUCAUCCCGCCUUGUGGCGCACUGCCGAGUUCACACUGGGGAAAGGCCAUUCGCUUGCUCAGACUGUGGGAAGAAAUUCAAUCUCUCAUCCAAUCUACGGAGACACCAGCGAGUUCACACAGGUGAGAAGCCAUUCGCUUGCUCAGACUGUGGGAAGAGAUUCAAUCUCUCAUCCAAUCUACGGAGACACCAGCGAGUUCACACUGGGGAGAAGCCAUUCGCUUGCUCAGACUGUGGGAAGGGAUUCACUGAGUCAUCUGACCUUCUGACACACCAGUCAGUUCACACUGGGGAGAGGCCAUUCACCUGCUUGGACUGUGGGAGGGCAUUCAGCCAGUCAUCCAAUCUACGGAAACACCAGCGGGUUCACAUUGGGGAGAAGCUAUUCAAUUGUUCAGACUCUGGGAAGGAAUUCACUGAAUCAUCUGACCCACUGGCACCCCAGCGAGUUCGCACUGGGGAGAGUCCGUUCAUCUGCUCAGACUGUGGGAAGGGAUACAAUCUGUUAUCCAAUCUACGGAAACACCAGCGCGUUCACAGUGGGGAGAGGCCGUUCACCUGCUCAGACUGUGGGAAGGGAUUCACUCGAUCAUCUGACCUACUGGUACACCAGCGAGUUCACACUGGGGAGAGGCCGUUCACCUGCUCAGACUGUGGUAAGGUAUUCAAUCACUCAUCCAAUCUACGGAAACACAAGCGUGUUCACACUGGGGAGAGACCAUUCACCUGCUCAGACUGUGGGAAGAGAUUCAGUCAGUCAUCUGACCUGAAGCAACAUCUGCGAGUUCACACCGGGGAGAGGCCGUUCACCUGCUCAGACUGUGGGAAGGGUUUCAAUCUCUCAUCCAAUCUACGGAAACACCAGCGAGUUCACACCGGGGAGAGGCCGUUCAUCUGCCCAGACUGUGGGAAAGGAUUCAGUCUCUCCACCAAUCUACGGAAACACCAGCAAGUUCAUACUGGAGAGAGGCCGUUCAUUUGCUCGGACUGUGGGAAGGGAUUCAGUCGGUCAUCUGACCUGAAGCAACAUGAGCGAGUUCACACCGGGGAGAGGCCGUUCACCUGCUCUGUAUGUGGGAAGGGAUUCACUCGGUCAUCCCACCUUGUGCUGCACUACCGAGUUCACACUGAAAAUAAGUUUAAAUAAGAUAUUUAACAGUUGCUGAAUCCAGAGUUAAUUUCAGAAGUGACUUGGUGUGUGGAACUUGGCAAUUAUUGCUGCUGAACAUCAGACCCAGUUCUGCACCAGGAUAUGGAUGUUGUUCAUUUGAAAUGGGACUGGAGUUUACUAUUCUGGGUCUGUGACAAAUAAAUCAGUUCUGUUUUAAA